AGUUUAAAUCACAUGGCGGCAGCGGGUUCGUAGCUGUGUUGGGAUUUACUGGGGGUGAUUUGAACUUCUCUCUGGGUGUCAGAACUGGAAACUCACCUGGAGGAUGUUGGGCUCAAAGAACGUGCCCUGGCGGCGGCUGCAGGGCAUUUCCUUCGGGAUGUAUUCGGCCGAAGAGCUCAAGAAACUAAGUGUUAAAUCCAUUACAAACCCUCGGUACCUGGACAGUCUGGGGAACCCGUCGGUCAACGGCCUGUACGAUUUAGCUCUGGGCCCUGCGGAUUCCAAAGAGGUGUGCUCCACCUGCGUGCAGGACUUCAACAACUGCUCCGGCCACCUGGGCCACAUUGAGCUCCCGCUCACCGUGUACAAUCCUCUCCUCUUCGACAAGCUCUACCUGCUGCUCAGGGGCUCCUGUCUGAACUGCCACAUGCUGACCUGCCCGCGGGCUGUGAUUCACCUCCUCAUCUGCCAGCUGCGAGUUCUGGAGGUCGGAGCCCUUCAGGCUGUGUACGAGCUGGAGAGAAUUCUGAACAGGUUUCUGGAAGAAAAUGCUGAUCCUACUGCUUUUGAAAUCCAGGAAGAAUUAGAACAAUAUACACGUGAAAUUGUACAGAACAACCUCCUGGGAUCCCAGGGCUCGCACGUGAAGAAUGUGUGUGAGAGCAAGAGCAAGCUCAUCUCUUGCUUCUGGAGGACACACAUGACUGCUAAGCGGUGUCCCCACUGCAAGACCGGGCGGGCAGUUGUCCGAAAGGAGCACAACAGCAAACUGACCGUCACGUAUCCAGCGGUGGUGCACAAGAAAGCUGGCCAGACGGACACAGAGCCGCCGGGAAUUGACGAAGCGCAAAUGGGAAAACGAGGGUACCUGACACCCACCGGCGCACGGGAGCACCUCAGCGCCCUUUGGAAGAAUGAAGGAUUCUUUCUGAAUUACCUUUUUUCGGGACUGGAAGAUGUUGACAUGGAGUCUAGAUUCAACCCCACUAUGUUCUUCCUGGAUUUCUUGGUGGUGCCACCCUCAAGGUAUCGUCCUGUCAAUCGCUUGGGGGACCAGAUGUAUACCAACGGCCAGACGGUGAAUUUGCAGGCUGUCAUGAAGGAUGUGGUUCUGAUCCGAAAGCUUCUGGCAUUGAUGGCCCAAGAACAGGAGCUGCCAUGGGAGGUGGCAGCACCUGCCACAGAUGAGGAAAAAGACUCUUCGAAUGGGAUGGACCGAUCCUUUCUGAGUAUGCUUCCAGGCCAGUCCCUCACAGACAAACUCUACAACAUUUGGAUUCGCCUUCAGAGCCACGUCAAUAUUGUGUUUGAUAGCGAGAUGGACAAAUUAAUGACAGAAAAGUACCCUGGCAUUAGACAGAUCCUCGAGAAGAAGGAGGGCUUAUUCCGAAAGCACAUGAUGGGAAAGCGAGUGGACUACGCGGCCCGUUCCGUCAUCUGCCCAGACAUGUACAUCAACACCAACGAAAUCGGGAUCCCCAUGGUGUUUGCCACAAAACUGACCUACCCUCAGCCAGUUACCCCCUGGAAUGUACAGGAACUGAGGCAAGCAGUCAUCAAUGGCCCCAAUGUGCACCCAGGAGCCUCCAUGGUCAUCAAUGAGGAUGGCAGUCGCACAGCCCUGAGCGCUGUGGACCUAACCCAACGGGAAGCUGUGGCUAAGCAGCUCCUGACACCAGCCACCGGGGCACCGAAACCCCAGGGGACAAAAAUUGUGUGCCGACACGUGAAGAACGGGGACGUUCUCCUGCUGAACCGACAGCCCACCCUGCACAGACCUUCCAUCCAGGCGCACCACGCCCGCAUCCUGCCCGAAGAGAAAGUCCUACGGCUCCACUAUGCCAACUGCAAGGCCUAUAACGCUGACUUUGAUGGAGACGAGAUGAAUGCCCACUUCCCCCAGAGUGAACUGGGCCGGGCCGAGGCCUAUGUCCUGGCCUGCACAGAUCAGCAGUACCUUGUUCCCAAGGAUGGCCAGCCGUUGGCAGGAUUGAUCCAAGAUCACAUGAUUGCCGGUGCAAAUAUGACCAUCCGAGGUUGCUUUUUCACCCGGGAGCAGUAUAUGGAACUGGUAUACCGAGGACUCACUGACAAAGUGGGACACGUGAAGCUCUUUGCUCCUGCCAUCCUGAAGCCUUUCCCACUGUGGACCGGAAAGCAGGUUGUGUCCACGCUGCUCAUAAACAUAAUCCCCGAGGAGCACAGCCCACUGAACUUAUCAGGGAAGGCCAAGAUCGGUGGGAAAGCCUGGGUGAAGGCGUCUCCCCGGCCCGUGCCCGGCUUUAACCCCGACUCCAUGUGCGAGUCCCAGGUGAUCAUCAGGGAAGGGGAGCUGCUCUGCGGGGUGCUGGACAAAGCACACUACGGGAGCUCUGCCUACGGCCUGGUGCACUGCUGCUACGAGAUCUACGGCGGGGAGACCAGUGGCAAGGUUCUCACCUGCCUGGCCCGCCUCUUCACCGCCUACCUGCAGCUCUACAGAGGCUUCACCUUGGGCGUGGAAGACAUUUUGGUGAAGCCACAGGCGGAUGUCAAGAGACACAGGAUCAUUGACGAGUCUACCCACUGCGGGCCCCGGGCUGUCAGGUCUGCAUUAAACCUGCCAGAAACCGCGCCAUGUGAUGAGGUCCGAGGGAGAUGGCAGGAUGCCCAUCUGGGCCAAGACCAGAGAGAUUUUAACAUGAUCGAUCUGAAGUUCAAGGAGGAAGUGAACCAUUACAGUAACGAGAUUAACAAGGCAUGCAUGCCUUUCGGCCUUCACAGGCAGUUUCCAGAGAACAACUUGCAGAUGAUGGUGCAGUCCGGAGCCAAAGGUUCAACUGUGAACACCAUGCAGAUCUCGUGCCUGCUGGGCCAGAUUGAACUGGAAGGUCGGAGACCCCCACUGAUGGCGUCUGGCAAGUCACUGCCCUGCUUCGAGCCUUACGAAUUCACCCCCAGGGCUGGCGGCUUCGUCACCGGCAGGUUCCUCACUGGCAUCAAGCCUCCCGAGUUCUUCUUUCACUGCAUGGCGGGGCGCGAGGGCCUGGUCGACACCGCUGUGAAAACCAGCCGCUCCGGCUACCUCCAAAGGUGCAUCAUCAAGCACCUGGAGGGCCUCGUGGUCCAGUACGACCUGACGGUCCGCGACAGCGACGGCAGCGUGGUGCAGUUCCUGUACGGGGAGGACGGCCUGGACAUCCCCAAGACGCAGUUCCUGCAGCCCAAGCAGUUCCCCUUCCUCGCCAGCAACUACGAGGUAAUCAUGAAAUCGAAGCAUCUCCAUGAAGUUUUAUCCAGAGCAGAUCCCAAAAAAGCUCUCCGCCACUUCAGAGCCAUCAAAAAAUGGCAGAGCAGGCACCCCGGCCCCCUGCAGAGGACGGGCGCCUUCCUGAGCUAUUCCCAGAAAGUCCAGGCAGCCGCGAGAGCCGCCGACCUCCAGGGCACCAGUCAGCCCGGCCGCAGUCCCGGGACCUGCCAGGUGCUGAGGAUGUGGGGUGAGUUGGAUGAGCAGAGCCGAAGGAAAUACCAGAAGAAGGCAGCUCCGUGUCCUGACCCCACCCUGUCCGUCUGGCGCCCAGACAUCUACUUUGCCUCGGUGUCAGAAACAUUUGAAAAAAAGAUGGACGACUACAGUCGCGAGUGGGCAUCUCAGGCAGAGAAGAGUUUUGAGAAAUCAGAGCUUUCUCUGGACAGGUUGCGGACCCUGCUGCAGCUGAAGUGGCAGCGCUCGCUGUGCGACCCGGGAGAGGCGGUGGGCCUGCUGGCCGCCCAGAGCAUCGGGGAGCCCUCCACACAGAUGACGCUGAACACCUUCCACUUCGCUGGCAGAGGGGAGAUGAACGUCACCCUGGGCAUUCCGAGGUUGAGGGAGAUUCUCAUGGUGGCCAGCGCCAACAUCAAGACACCCAUGAUGAGCGUGCCCGUGCUCAACACCAAAAAAGCCCUGAAGAGAGUGAAAAACCUGAAGAGGCAGCUCACCAGGGUGUGCCUGGGGGAGGUGCUGCAGAAAGUUGAUGUCCAGGAAUCCUUCUGGAUGGGAGAGAAGCAGAACAAGUUCCGGGUGUACGAGCUGCGGUUUCAGUUCCUGCCCCAUGCGUAUUACGAGCAGGAGAAGUGCCUGAGACCUGCGGACAUUCUGCACUUCAUGGAGACGAGAUUCUUUAAAAUCCUGAUGGAGUCCAUCAGAAAGAAGAACAACAAAGCGUCAGCCUUCAGAAGCGUGAACACACGAAGAGCUACCCAGCGGGAUCUGGACAACGCGGGGGAGUCAGGGAGGCCUCCGGGAGAGCAGGACGGCGAGGAGGGCGAGGAGGAGCACAUUGUGGACGCCGAAGCGGAGGAGGGGGACGCCGAUGCUUCUGAUGUCAAACGCCGGGAGAAGCAAGAGGAGGAGGUCGACUAUGAGAGCGAGGACGAGGAGGAGGGGGAGCAGAGUGACGACGAGGAUGUGCCAGAGGAAGGAAACGUCAGGGGGGAAGGCGCCCCCACAGCCCAGGAGCAGGAGGAAGAGGGGGGCUCAGGCCCCGAGGAGAACUCGGCCCCUGCCCCACCCUCGAGGCAGCCCCGGAAGCCCAGCAGCAGCCAGGAGUCCCAGGAAGCGGAGGCCGUGGAGCGCCGGGUGCAGGCCGUCCGGGAGUCCCACCCGUUCAUAGAGGACUACCAGUACGACGCCGAGGAGAGCCUGUGGUGCCAGGUGACGGUGAAGCUCCCGCUGAUGAAGAUUAACUUUGACAUGAGCUCCCUGGUGGUGUCCUUGGCCCACGGUGCUGUCAUCUAUGCGACCAAGGGCAUCACGAGGUGCCUCCUGAAUGAAACCACCAACAGCCAGAACGAGAAGGAGCUCGUCUUAAACACAGAAGGAAUCAACCUUCCAGAGCUGUUCAAGUAUGCCGAGGUCCUGGACUUGCGCCGCCUCUAUUCCAACGACAUCCACGCGAUGGCCAACACGUACGGCAUCGAGGCCGCCCUGCGCGUGAUCGAGAAGGAGAUCAAGGACGUGUUUGCUGUGUACGGCAUUGCGGUCGAUCCCCGCCAUCUCUCCCUGGUCGCCGACUACAUGUGCUUCGAGGGGGUGUACAAGCCGCUGAACCGCUUUGGGAUCCAGUCAAACUCGUCCCCUCUGCAGCAGAUGACGUUUGAAACCAGCUUCCAGUUCCUGAAGCAGGCCACCAUGCUGGGAUCCCACGACGAGCUGAGGUCUCCUUCCGCCUGCCUCGUGGUUGGGAAAGUCGUCAAGGGCGGGACAGGCCUGUUCGAGCUCAAGCAGCCCCUGCGAUAGCCGCCACAGCCGGCUGCCUGGCCUGGAGUGGCCCUGAGGACCAGGAGGGCCGGCCUGGCCUGCCCUUCGGUGAGAACCAGGAGACCAGAACCCGGCGGUCCAGUGACAGUGCAGAGCACAGCAGUGACGCUGGGUUCCGAAGAGCAGCUUCCCCAGGAAAGUGGCAGCGUUGAUCAUCCUUGCCCCUCUCCAUCUCAGGACAUACACAAGGUUCAGCAGGGCCUCGGGGAUGGCCCCCUGUGCCACAGGAGACUUAGAGGUGCGAGCCCUGGCCCCUCCAGGUAGGAAGGUGAGGACCCGUUGCCCUGAGCAGCCAGUGACUGCAGGCGGGAUCCUGGGCUCCAGAGCAAGGACAGAGCCCGCCGCCCACGCCCGCCCUGCUGCACCAGCUUGUGGACAGAGCCCGCUGCCCACACUCACCCCUUCGGACAGAGCCCGCCGCCCACGCCCGCCCCUGCUGCACCGGCCCUGCGGACAGAGUUCCCCAGACUCCACCCAGGCUCUUUCCCUGGGCCAAGCACAGGGUGGCACAGACCUCCACCCACCCAACUUCUGGGCCUGGGCCCUGCUGGCCUGUGGCCACAUGUCCUUCUAGGCCAGAUUAGCUCUGAGUCUGGGCUGGUCUCUCCAGGGCCCCAGCAGCUCACCCUACACAUAAAACCCUGUCGCCAGCCAGGCUGCACUGUUGGAACCAGGUGCUUGGCUGUCUUUCUCUGGCUCUGCUCUGAGGCCACGCCCCUCUGCGCAGACCCUGCUCCGUGUGGCCUCCCUGGUCUCUGGCACCACAGCCAGGGGCCCUGACAUGAACCGAAAAGUCAGAGGACUGUGCGAAGGCUCAGUAAAACCAGGGGCUGUUUCUAUUUCUGUCUAAGGUUAUUCCAGCUCAGGCUGAGUAAUAAACAUCACUGGAACUAGCUAUUAGGAGAGAGAAAAUUUAAAGCUUGGGUUUUUUUUAUUCUUUCCUUGGUUUGUGGUUUCUGCAUUUGUGAUGUGAGAGCUCAGGACUGGGAUUUCUUAGCACAGUCGCUUCUCGGCUCCUCUUCCUGUUCUUGGCAGAGGACCUGGGGGAGAGCUCAGCCCCCACAGCCAGCCCUGUGACCCCAGCCUGCCCCUUCCGCUGCAGCCUGUCCCUUCUGAAGCCAGCUUCUGGCCCCAAGGCCAGGAGAGCGGAAGCCGGGGGGGGGGGGGGGGGGGCUGUGCGUCCGGGUGGGAGAGUGACCACACUGCUUCCUCUAGACAUGUGACGGACACAGCUGGGCCGCCUCUGCCGCACUGGGGGAACCCCCCUCCCCCCCCCCCCCCCCCCCGGAGCAGGGCUUGCCAGCUGGGGCACAGGAAGAAGGGUCCCGUGAGCCCUGCACCACAGGCGAAGCUGUGCGUCUUGGAAGAAGGGGCCACACCUACUUAAUUUCCCCUCAUCCCAGAUUGUGGGAGCCAGUCCUCUAUGGUCUGAGGCACAUGCUGCAUGGCCCCAGGGCCGGGCAUCAGCACAGAAGAAAGCUCAGCGCCGGGGGGCCCUGAGGAUGCAGAGGUGAGGGAGCAAGCCCAGAACACAGCCAGGCCGUGGCCCCUGUCGUUCCUGCCCACUCCUUCCAGGUGUUUCCUGUGCAUCUGAGUCUCUCUCCUAGAAUAUCCUUACUCCUGGGCCGGGAGCAGACACCCAGAGCUUUCCCGUGGUCGCCCUGCCCCCUCAGUUGAGCAGCCUCGUGGGCGCCUCCCUCCUGUUAAGACAGCAUGCUCCCUGGAAUACUCAGCACUGGAAAUGCUCUUCUACAUUGGAUUUUUUUGAAACAGAUACAUAGGCCCAAGCCAGAACGGAUGAAGGGGAUGGGUCUAGCUGCAUAAUUGUUCUCUAAUCCCAGUGGCCUGGAGAGUGAUUGGCGGGGCUCAUAGGCCUCGCCGCAGCUGUGAGCUCCCGGGACCCUGAGGUGGGCCGCAGCCAGCGCUGUCAGAGGUCCUCUCCUCAAGCUCCAGGUGGCAGCGCCCUCCCUACUUGCUUGCUUGUAGCGCGCGCGCGCGCGCGUGUGUGUGUGUGUGUGUGUGUGUGUGUGUGUGUGUGUGUGUGUGUUUUCAGGCUGACAUUCUGGGUUCUCAUCAAGCACUACCAGCUUUAUUACGCGUCCCCUGUGAGUCUGAGACAUUUCCUGUCCGAAUCGGAAGGAAACCAGGCACGUUGGGAGUACCUGUCCCUGCCCCAUCUGGAGCUGGAGCUGGAGCUCUCCUCUCUCCUGUCCCCUGCCCCCAGGUGGAAGCCGAAUGAAUACAGGGCGGGCAAACUGGUUUACAGUUGUCAGUGCACAAAACACAGUUUACUCUUGUACUAUUUAUUAAUUACGGUAUUUUCCAUACAAACCAUUGUGGGCCUGCUUUGCCCACCUGUAUGUGUAGACUCCUCCUGGCCUCCCUGCUCCUUCCAGCUGUUCCUGAUGAACCGCUUUCGGUGAAAGUGCCGGCUCCUGUGUGUGUGCCCAUCGCUGGCUG